AUGACCGGUUUGCAGUUGCAGUCAUCCCAAAGAGAGGCCGUGAUAGUGGCUGUCGACGCAAAUAGGACUAAAGGAAGCAUGGAAGCCAUCGAAUGGGCUCUCAAGCAUGUCGUUAAACCUGGUGACAUCUUCCUUGUUUUAGGAGUUUUCACUACUGAUCACCAUGCCAAGAACUCUUGCUUUCCGUUUAAGUUGCGAAUGGGUUUCGGCGUCUCUGGAAUAUGGAAGAGAUUAGAAUCCAUUGACCACGAGGAAGUGGAUCCUGCCGAGCUUGGAGAAGAACUAAAGCGAAAAAUAGGACAAUACCAGAGUAGCCUCCGGCCUUUAUAUCGUCAGUGCUCAAAGAAUGAGGUGAGGUUGGUGCUGAAAUUUGCAGCCGGGUUUUGUCCGGCGAGACUGACAAUUAAGGAAUCACAUAACCUUAAUACACGUUGGAUCGUAUUAGACAGUCACUUUAAGAAAUGGAAAGUUUAUCUACGUGGACAUGUGACGUGCAAUGUUGCAGUAGUAAAGGAAAAAGAUUUUGCUAGCUUGAUGCUAUCGAAUGAUACACAGCCUGCUGAGAUUUGUCCGAGCAAGCCAAAUUAUUAUUCAGCAGCUUCUAAAGAGCAUCUUGGGGAAGAACACAGUAAAGGUUUCAGUGCUUACGAGUUGAGAAAUAAAUCUGCACCCACGCCAUAUCCUCAGAAUCCUUGUUGCUAUCCUCUAUCUUGGACAAGUGGUUUUCCUCGAGUGUUUUCUUACAACGAACUUGAAAUGAUAACGAAUGGCUUUGCUGAUGAUAACAUUUUAGCAGUUGUGGAUGGCAUAACAGUUCAUCAGGGAAUAUUACAAGAAACACCUGUCUUAGUAAACUCUUUAAAGAUAACAAACAAAGGCUUCUGGUCAGUCCUAGAGAUCCUUUCCCGGGUGCGCCACCGCAACAUCGUUAAUCUUGUUGGGUACUGCAGCACAGGCGCUUCUGCAUUCUUGCUUUUCGACUUACCUUGUUUGGGUACCGUUGGAAUAAACUUGCAAUGGGAUGAGUUGGCCGAGAAACUGGAUUGGAGAGUGAGGUGGUCUAUCGCUCUAGAAAUAGGAGGAAGCUUGCGCUACCUCCAUGAGGAGUGUGUUGAUGGACCUAUUGUUCACAAAAAUGUUCAUGCUUCCAGCGUUGCUCUUUCUCAUGGUUACUCCGCAAUGCUCUGCAACUUCGUAUAUGCUGAGUGGCUUAAGGGUGAUAUUACCCCAACUAAAGAUUUGAUAUCCAAAUACGACAAGCUCCAUUUUGGCGACGUACAUGAUUAUGGGAAAUUCCUACUGGAGCUUAUUACUGGAAAGUGUGUAAGUCCCGUUCACGACCAACGGAAGGACCAGUCCAUGAUUGAAGGGUGGAAAUUUGCAAGCAUGAUGAAUGAUUUUUCACAACAGGCACUGCGACUUCUAGAAAAUGGUGAGUUUGGCAAACUGAAGGACUGCAGACUGACGGAAACUGCUGGUGAUGCUAGGAUGGUCCGGAAUAUGGCUCACGCAGCGUUGCGCUGCCUAAAAGUUGAUUCAGAUCACAAAUUUUCUAUAAGUGAGGCCAUAGCCAUUGUUCGAGGUGAUGAACAUCCGAUUUUCAACCAAUGA